AGUUUCAUUAAACGAUAUAGGUUGAGCAAAGAAUUAGUUAUCAAUUUAUGCGAAGAACUAAGACCGCAUCAUGUCGCUGGGCCCUCAAGAGCGUCGGAUUUGUCGCUGGAAAGAAAGGUGUUAAUUGCAUUAUCAUUCUAUGCAACGGGUUCAUACCAACGCCCCGUUGGUGAUAUAUCUGCACACUCAGUCGCACAAACAACUGUAUCAGUGGUGUUGAAGCAGAUCACCAAUUUACUAAACUUGCCCCACAUGCAAGCGAAAUAUAUUAAGUUUCCUCAAACUUCUGAGGAAAGGCGUGAAAUCAUGAUACGAUUCUCCAAUAAGUUUCAAAUGCCAGGAGUUUUGGGAUGCAUUGAUUGCACUCAUGUGGCAAUUGUUUCCCCCGAGGAAAAUGAGGAGAGAUAUUACUGCAGGAAACAGUAUCACUCACUAAAUGUCCAGUUGAUUAGUAAUGCAGAUAUGCAAAUCAUGAGUGUGGAUGCUAGUUUUGGUGGAGCUACUCAUGAUUCUUUUAUAUGGGCAAACCAUCCCAUAAAGGAUCACAUGGAGGUUAUUAGCAGAAAUGAAGCUAUAUGGUUACUUGGUGAUUCUGGGUACCCACUGAGAAGGUACUUGAUGACACCAAUUACUGAUACUAGUCCGGACACUCCAGAAGCUCAUUACACCUAUCUGCAUGUCCGGACAAGAAAUGUGGUUGAGAGGACCAUUGGUCUCCUAAAGGCUAGAUUCAGGUGUUUACUUGUACACAGAGUAUUACAUUAUUCUCCCCCUGUGGCAGCGUUUAUUGUAAAUGCUUGUGUAAUAUUACACAAUAUUUGCAAUAGUAGGAAUAUCCCUGUACAAGUACUAACCAAUGAAGAGGCUUUAUUAGAGAUAUCUCGGCAAGCUGACAAUGACACUCACCAACAACCACCACGUUCUGCCACCUCCAGCAAUAACAGGGAGCUCAAUGAAGGGCUAAGUAUCAGGAGAGCCCUCGUCUCCCGUCUGUGGUCCUCUCGAUCCCAUGCUCCUAUAAAUUAAGAUUUUUAGAUUAAGUAAUGGCAUUUCUUUACAAUUAUUAUUUCUGUUUAGAAAAUUUUAUUUAGUUCAUUAUUGUUAGGUAAGUAGAUAUUAAUUAUUUUAAGGCAAAUUUUUGUAUCAUAAAGUUUUAAUGAAAAUAAAAUUCUUGAGUAGG